AUGGAGCUCUCUCCUUCAGAUGUAUGUUCCCAAAUGCCCUGCCAACUGGACUGGUGUCAACUGGAGUCCAACGCCUGGGCAUUUUCGAGCAGAAAAUACAAAGAUGAAUUGGGUUACCAGCGAACCAUUCACCCUAUCAUGUGUGAGUCUGUUGUGAAUAUCAAACUUAUUUUCCAAUUUUUGCUUAGCACUAGUAAAUCUUUUGAAUCUUAUCUUCUUCAUACAGCUGCUGCUUCUGUUUUAUCCAUGUUUCCAACUGAGAAAUGGAGGAUCCAAUCUGUUAUGGAGAAAAUGUCGACUUCAAAUGUUUCUCUGGUUCAAUUCUGGGCACCCAUCAAGGUCAAUGGAUCUACUUUCAUGUCCACUACGGAUCAAACAUUUGGUUUCUAUAACGAACUCGAUAAGAGGCUCUCUUCAUACAGGAAGCUCUGUCUAGAUACCUUGAUUCCAAUUGACGACUACAUCGAAAGUCUAUUUGGCCCAAUUGAACGAGUUUACACAAGAUGCUUGCCAGAAUAUAACCCCGACGUCCGAAGCUACUCCGCUGCAGAAUUUCCACUGCUCGAAACUGCAAUUCGCUUGGGAAUUCAUUCUUAUUAUGCAGUUCCAGUGUUCAACAACUAUGACCAGCAGUACCGUGGUGUACUUGAGAUUGUAUCUACACAACCAUCUCUUCAUCUUUCCGAUCUUAUUACGCCGCCUGUUGAUGAUAGACUUGAUGAAAUAAAGAACGGGUUAUAUGAGAUCCUUGAAAGAGACAGUUUACCCUUUGCUCAAAUUUGGGUUCCUUAUUCUCCAUCUGUCUCUUUAAAAGUCUUGUAUUGUGCUGCUGCCUCCAUCUAUGAACGUUCGAGUUCAAUGUGUCAUGAGUUUGAACAUAUUUCUGAGGCCUGUUUUAUUGAGAGCGGUACGGCAUUGGUCGGGAGGGCAUUUGCAUCCCAAGGUUCAUGCUUUUGCAAAGAUGUUACUCUAUUAAGCAUCAAAGAGUACCCUUUGGUGCCUAGUGCACAAAAAGUUAGAUUCACUCAGAGUUUUGCAAUUUGCUUGCAAAGUAAAUGCGCCAACAAUAGCGUUUACGUAGUUGAGUACUUUCUGCCACCCAACAAAAUGUCUGCUAGAGAUACAAGGACUUACAUAAAUAUGCUUAUAUCCACAACGAAAGAACGACUUCCAGGUUUCAUAGUUGCUCCUGGAAAAGAACUAGGGCAGAGGAUCCUCGUUGAAGUUGUUAAAGUUUCCCCGAGUGAUGAAUUUGACUCCUUUGAAAUUGACCAAUCUCUACCGAGUGUUCAAUCACUUCAGGAUGGAGGAGGAACAACAGAAAUUGGCCGUCUGCUGAGUGUUCAAUUUCUUCAGGAUGUAGGAGAAACAACUGAAAUUGAUUCUUUCUGCCAACAGUCAAAUAAUGUUGUUGCUGCUGCUGCACUACUGGUUCCUUUCUUGUUCAUCAGACAAGCGUGA